AUGCGCGAGCUCUAUUCAGUUGACAGGGAGGGCAAUAAAGUACUUCUGGUACCGACAGGGAACAAGGUGUCGAGGGUACCAAUCCACCCAACCCCCGAGUCCCUCUACGUCUCCCAUCGUGCCCUCUUCCCCCUCCCGACCAGCUCCACUCCAGGCCUAAACCGCGCCUUUCUUUCUCAACUCCGUGCUCUUCUUCGCAUCAUACUCCCCAAGCCGUUAUGCAAGGAAUCAUUUAUGCUCGCACUUCAUAGCGCAUUCCUGGUGCUUAGGACAGUGCUCAGCGUGGCUGUCGCUAGGUUGGACGGCAGACUCGUGCGAGAUCUGGUCAGUGCGGACUGGAAGGGAUUCCUCAAGGGACUCGGACUAUGGUUCUUGCUCGCUAUCCCAUCAACCUACACUAAUGCCAUGCUCCGAUAUCUCCAAUCCAAACUGUCCCUCGCCUUCCGCACACGACUUACACGAUACACCCAUGACCUGUAUCUCUCCCCGAACCUGGAGUACUACAGGCUGAUAGACAGUGGAUACCUCAACGGUGGCGCAGAUCAGUAUAUCACCAACGAUGUUCAGCGGUUUUGCGAUGCCCUGUCCGCACUCUAUGGAAACCUACUAAAACCAACCCUGGAUAUGAUCAUCUUUACCACCCAGCUUGCACAUUCCCUCGGGGGACUUGGCACCGUCGGCCUAUUCGCUAACUACUUCUUCACUGGAUACGUCCUUCGCCGAGUGACUCCAGCGUUCGGCAAGCUUGCAGCUGUGGAGGCGAGACUUGAGGGAGAGUAUAGGGCGGGGGUGGGUAGGAUUGGUAGAGAGAGCGAGGAGAUCGCCUUCUACGGUGGUGGUUUAAGGGAGAAGAGCAUUCUCGCAAGGGCAUACCAGCGAUUGAUCUCCCACGUGAAUUCGAUUUACAAGAUCCGCAUUGCCUAUGAGUGGACAGAGGACUAUAUCAUCAAGUAUCUCUGGAGCGCAACGGGCUAUAUGCUCAUGUCCAUCCCGGUCUUCUUGAUCCCGACACGAUCCGUUGGUGUUCAGGCCGGUGAACUGGGUGGAAAGGUGUGGGAUCAGGUUUCCGGGAGGACAGAAUCAUAUAUCAGCAAUCGUCGUCUCCUGCUCUCUUUAGCCGAUGCGGGCGGGCGCCUGAUGUACUCCAACAAAGACCUUGCUGAGCUUGCUGGCUAUACCUCGCGCGUCUAUACCCUCCUCUCGACCCUGCAUCACUUGGACGCAACGCCGGUCUCCCUCACCUCCCAUCUCACGUCCAAUCCCGAUCGGAUUGCCCUGACCGAAGUGAACGUCGCUGCGCCCGGUCAGCUCUUGGUCAGAGAUCUCAACCUCGUCGUUGAGCGAGGAGAGCACACCUGCAUCGUUGGCGCUAACGGGGUGGGGAAGACAGCGAUCGCGCGUGUUGUUGCUGGUCUGUGGGAGGCUGAAGAGGGGGAAGUCGAACGUCCCCUAGAGAGGGAGGACGUCAUGGUCGUCCCCCAACGGGCGUACCUAACAGCAGGAAGCCUAAGGGACCAGGUCAUCUAUCCCUUUGCGUACCCGCAGCAUAUAUCUACUGGAGGGACGGAUGCACAGCUGCAGGAUAUAUUGAAAGAGGCACAUUUGGAGUACCUGCUUGACAGGGAGGGUGGAUGGGACACGGUGAAGGAGUGGAAGGAUGUGUUGAGUGGAGGGGAGAAGCAGAGAAUGGGCAUGGCUAGGCUUUUCUAUCACAAGCCGUCGUUCGCUAUUCUCGAUGAGUGCACAUCGGCUGUGUCGACCGACGUCGAAUCCCAUCUGUACAAUCACGCUAAAUCCCUCGGCAUCACCAUCCUCACCAUCUCCACCCGUCCCGCGCUGAUCAAGUACCACACGCGCCUGCUGAAGAUCCUGGGCGACGGGCGGGGUGGAUGGGAGUUGACCAAAGUCGGUACGGAAGAAGAGCGCAUGGAGGUGGAUAGGGAGAUUGGAGAACUGGAACGGAGGUUGGGCGAGGUGGGGGGAUGGGAGGGCAGGCUUGGGGUGAUUAAGGGCGAGUUGGGCGUGUAGUGCUUCG